AUGACGGAUCAAACCAAGAAAGCGGUGGAUCUUUUCAGCGAGGCGUACGCGCGAUCACAGGAUGAACAGGAUCCGCUAUCAUCCUUCCGUUCGCAAUUCAUCAUCCCAACAAUCUCAGACCUGCACUCCAAAAUCCUCGUACCAACGUUUCAAGACCAACCACAACAAUGCACCUACCUCUGUGGCAACUCACUAGGGCUGCAACCACGCCUCACAUCACAAUACCAACAGCAUUACCUCCACACCUGGGCAACCAAAGGCGUAUAUGGCCACUUUACCGAGAUCGAGGACUCAAAGUUGCCACCUUGGUUGCAUGUUGAUGAUGAUGUUAUCGGAGAUAUGUGUCAUGUUGUGGGAGCCAAGAAGAAUGAAGUUGCUGUCAUGCAGACCUUGACGGCGAAUUUGCACUUGGCCAUGGCCAGUUUCUAUCGUCCCACUGCUGAGAGAUGGAAGAUUAUCAUCGAGGGCAAAGCGUUCCCUAGUGAUCAUUACGCUGUCGAAUCGCAACUUCUGCAUCACAACAAGGAUCCGGCAACCUCGAUGAUCCUGCUCGAGCCAGAAGACCCAGAAAAUCCAAUCCUCAGCACGCGACAGAUUCUCGCCACUAUCGACAAACAUGCAGAUCAAACAGCUCUUCUGCUACUACCAGGCAUCCAAUUUUACACUGGCCAGUUCUUCGACAUCCCCACAAUCACUGCUCACGCACAGAGCAAAGGCAUAGUUGUUGGUUGGGAUCUGGCUCACGCAGCAGGAAACAUGCCCCUGCAGCUGCACGACUGGAACGUCGACUUCGCCGCCUGGUGCAGCUACAAGUACCUCAACUGCGGUCCCGGAAGCAUCGGUGGACUCUUUGUCCACGAACGUCACACCAAAGUCUCUACUGCAUCAUCCUCAUCAAGACCAGACUACACACCAAGGCUCAGUGGAUGGUGGGGCAGCGAUAAGAGCAGCCGCUUCGCAAUGGAGAACCUCUUUACCCCCAUCGCAGGAGCAGGAGGCUGGCAACUCUCCAACCCUUCGGUAGCAGACAUGACAGCUCUACGUGCUUCCCUCGACAUUUUCAACAAGACCUCUCUCGCAGCGCUAAGAAAGAAAUCAGUCGCCCUCACCGGAUAUCUGGAGAAACUUCUUCUCGCAAGCACGGAUGUCAAAGACUGCUUUUCCAUUAUCACACCUUCGGAUCCUGAACAAAGGGGCGCACAGCUAUCUGUUCGUCUUUCACCUGGUCUUCUGGACAACGUCAUGCAUGUGUUGGAAAACAAAGGUGUGGUCGUAGACGAGAGAAGGCCGGAUGUCAUUCGUGUUGCUCCUGCUCCGCUUUACAAUUCUUGGAGCGAUGUGUUGAGGUUCGUGCAAGUCUUCAGAGAGGCUUGUAAAGACGCAUCGGAUAAGAAGAAUCAAAAGCAGACAGAGGGCUCAGUGAUGGUGGAAGGUGGUAAGGAUGACAAAGGUUGGAGCGAGGUCAAGUAA